AUUCAAAAUAAUUUUUUUAUUGCAGUACUUAUGUUACCUAUUAACUAAAAUAUAUUUAUGGAAUCAAACAAUCAGCUAACUGAUCAGGCUUUAACUAAAGAUGUACAAAGCAUUGUUAAUGAUGCAAAGAUUUUUGUCAUUGGAGCUGGAGGAAUCGGUUGUGAAUUGAUAAAGAAUCUUGUACUAAUUGGUUUCAAGCACCUUGAGAUUAUAGAUUUGGACACGAUUGACAUUAGCAACUUGAACCGACAAUUUUUAUUUCAGAAGAAACAUGUAGGUAAAUCUAAGGCCCGUGUUGCACAUGAAAAUGCAACAGCUUUACGUCCAAAUAUAAAUGUACUGUCUCACCAUGCCUCGAUUUUCAACCCAUCAUUUAACAUGGAAUAUUUUAAAAAGUUUGAUAUAGUUCUUAAUGCACUGGACAAUCGUGCGGCCAGGAAUCAUGUAAACAGAUUAUGCCUUGCUGCAGGGGUACCUCUUGUUGAAAGUGGAUCUGCUGGUUAUCUGGGGCAGGUUAAUGUUAUUAAGAGAGGAGAAACAGAGUGCUAUGAAUGUUCACCAAAACCGAGACAAAAAACUUUUCCCAGCUGUACCAUUCGCAAUACUCCUUCUGAGCUUAUUCAUUGUGUAGUUUGGGCAAAAUAUCUGUUUAAUCAACUUUUUGGAGAAGACGAUGCAGAUCAGAAUGUUUCUCCUGAUACAACUGACUUAGAAGAAGAUGCUGCGGAUAGUAGUGAAAAAGUUAGCACAAAGAUUUGGGCUAAAGAUUGUGAUUAUGAUCCUGAAAAAAUAUUCAAUAAACUUUUCCAGUCAGAUAUUGAAUACCUAUUGUCAAUGGACAAAUUGUGGGAAAAAAGGAAGCCACCCCUGCCCAUCAAAUGGAUUCAACAAGCAAAUAAUUCUAAACAUUCUACUUCUUCACAAAUGAUAAUGUCACUUGAAGAGAAUAUGCAACUUUUUGGAAAUAGUCUGACUUUAUUGAAAGACUCACUCCACCAGGAAGGCAGCAGUGACAUGCUUGUAUGGGAUAAAGAUGAUGAUACUGCAAUGAGAUUUGUGUCUUCUGCUGCUAAUAUUCGGGCUGCAAUUUUCGGAAUUCCACAGAAAAGUAUUUUUGAAAUAAAAUCUAUGGCAGGAAAUAUAAUUCCUGCUAUAGCCACCACAAAUGCGGUUGUCGCAGGGUUGAUUGUUAUGCAAGCAUUGUGUAUUUUACAAAAUGAAUUCGAAAGAUGUCGGAAUGUUUUUGUAUCACGAGUUGCAAAUCCUGGAAAAUUAAUAGCUCCAUGCGUUCUCGAUCCGCCUAAUCCAGCAUGCUAUGUAUGUGUUGAAAAGCCAGAGAUCACUUUGAGAUUAGACACAAAGGUCAUGACCCUUGGUGUCUUUAAGGACAAAAUCCUGAAAUUAUAUCUGGGUAUGUCAGCUCCUGAUGUUGAUAUCGACGGCACAGGAGUUAUACUGCUUUCAAGUGAAGAAGGUGAGAGUGAUGAUAGUCUUCCAAAGAGUCUGAGCGAGUUUGGUAUUCAAAACGGUUCACGAUUGUGUGCAGAUGAUUUCCUGCAAAACUUCAAACUUAUCAUAAAUAUUUUGCAUUCGACAGAAUUAUCAGAGGAUGUAGAAUUUGAGGUUAUCAAUAAGACUGGUAUAAUUUUUCAACAAGAUGGUGUCCAAUUGCCUACUGCUAAAGAAAAGGAGGAAUCGGAAUUCAAUGACCUUGAUGAUGUUUGCAUCGUGGAAUCUGAUGGUGGAAGUCAUUUGAGCUCUGUCAUUUCGAAUAACAACAAAACUGAUAGUCAUAUUCUUGAAAAUAGAAAGCGAAAGUUAGAUUUAGGUUCUGGUGAAGAAAUAGAACAAGAUGCUAAGCGAGUAAAAUGUGUUGAAGCAAGCAAACUGGAAGAUUGUGUCGAAAUGAUAGAGUAAAUCAAAAUUUAACUCUGAAAAGAACAAAUCUUUGCUAGAUUAGUAUAAUUGAGAUGAAUGAAGUGGUAUUGGUCGCAUCGCAUGGAAAGUUCAAUUACUUCAUUCUAUCCUAAACUCCAAUUCUGAUAGAUGAGGACUUCCUAAAAUUGCACUUGGUGCUGGGCACAUUGUGCAGUUCAUUAUAUAAUCAUGUUAAGUAUACAUGUAUAUGAGUAACUACUGCACUAUCAUCAACAAAAAUAUUUAUCCUUCUGGGAGAGUUAUAAUUGGAAUAGGAAAAAAAUUCUGUGGCUUCGCUUCCAUAAAAACAUAAAAGCAUAAAAGUAUAUGACAAAAUUAUUCAGUUUUUAAACACUUGAAAAUGAAAUAAUAGUGCCUUGUCCAUAUUGCAGUAAGAUUCUAAUCAUGACUGUAGACUAAAACAAUUAAUGUUGCUCAUCCUUGCAGCAGAAUAUUUCAUGUAACAAAGUAUUUCUUGCAAUAGACAAUAGAAAAGUCUUGUUUACAUUUUGACUCUUGGUUGCUAACUUAAUCAAAGGAUUGGAUAAAUUUUGCCUUCUGUCUCUAGGAAAAUACAGUUAUGAACUAUG